UACUGUUCAGAGCAGCUGCGGCCAAGCUGACAUCGACCAGCGAAAUUCAAACGACGUGGGAUACAAGCGGACCAUAUUUCACUUUGUACAAAUUCGACAGAGAAAGCCAAUGUCGCCCCCGCCACUGUCCAUCAAGCGUGGGAAUGGAACUUGCCGGGACAGCCUCCCGAUGGACACGUGCUGGGGCAUUCCCGUCUUGGCUGCGCUGUCCACGCUGCUCAUCACACUGCCAGCUUCAUACAUGGCCGUUCUUUUCGUUUUCUUCGUUGAUGACUACGACGUGAGCCGAGAGCGAGCAUCCUGGCCCCAAAACUCCUUAACCAUGGCAAUGCAUGUUUCGGGUUUAAUUGUGGGUGCGCUUCAACGACGCGCCCCCGUCGCUAACAUCGCCGUUCUGGGAGCACUCCUAGCAUCGCUAGGGGUUAUCACGUCAGCCUUUGCCCGCGAGAUCAUCUGGCUGUCCAUCAGUCUUGGCGUCAUGUAUGGACUCGGCGUCGGAAUCUUUGUGUCAUCAGUCGCUAUCUACAUCCUGAUGUACUUUGACAGGUACAAGGGAACCGCCUUCACGUUGACAUUCACUGCGUGGGGCAUAUCUGGUUUACUGGGCCCAGCAUUCCUCACACAUCUCCGCGCAAAGUAUGCUCUCGACGGUACCCUUCUGAUGACCGGGGCUCUUCUCUUGCACUCCAUACCACUGAGCAUGCUGCUCAAGAACCCUAGCCCAGUGAAUACGGAAGUGUUGAGAAAACUCCUCUCAAGACUAUCACGGCACUCUCGUCAGCGGAAGACCAUCUCGUCUCACAGACUGCAGGUGCCUCAACAAAGACCACCAGCAACGAUCAGUCUGAGCCACGUAAACGAUCCCGUCGAUUGGAGAGCGGGGAAGAAAUCCGCAGAGUCAAACGUUACGGUUUGCGUAGAACCAGUGAUCACAGAAGACACUCCCCCAUCCAGCAAACGUCAAGACCAACAACAAGGGUCACAAAGUCUUUCCAUGAGCUCUAUUUCCGAGGCUUUUCGAGGCCUCCGUCGAUUUGCCGCCGCAGUGUUUCGAACACCCGCCUUCUACGUGUUCCUUUUUGCGACAGUCGUGGGUGACUAUUCGGGAGUGUCGUUCGGUACCACAGCUGUGGACUACGCUGUCGACAAAGGAAUCAAAGUGGAAUUGGCAACGCACCUCGUCGAGUUUGGUGCCGCGGGCCAUCUAGUGGGCCGCAUCUUCAUAAUGCCCCUGUCAGACUGGGCUCCGAUUAGCCGAUUUCCGCUCUUCGCCAGCUCCUACGCCCUCGAGGCCAUCUGCGCCGUGAUUCUGCCCCACAUUGGCCCUUCGUUCAGCGAGAUCGUGGCAUUGCGAGUCACAGAGACCACAGUGGCCGGUUUUUCAACAGCCAUACGAGGUAUCCUCUUGGCUCAGUAUAUGGGCAUCGAAAGGCUGGCUACAUGCACGGGCCUUUACGGACUCGUCAUGGUACCAGUCUCACUCAGCAGUGCUUCAAUCAUUGGGUUCUUCCGAGACACAAUGGGGUCCUACGAUGGCUUCUACAGGAUGCUCGCUGCUCUAAACACAGUCGUUUUCGUUUUGCUGGGCAUUUUUCUGGUGUAUGACUGGACGUGCCCCAAGAGAAGAGGAUCAAAUUGGUCACAAAAGUCUCUCGCCCAUAUUACAGUGGACCAAAGGGAUCAAUUAGAACAGAGGUGCUGAAUGCGGUACACAAAUGCCAUUGGAUUGGCGGAACAUGCGUGCUGAUGAGCGUUAAUAUACUUUAGCCUGCUAACUUGAGAUGGUACAUGCGACAGCUUCAACACUGCCAUGGAGAGAGGGCGAGCUGAAAGUGUGAGAUCUUGUACUUAUCAAGAUACAGCAGAGUUCGCUUUUUUUUCUCCAGCUUCUGAAGAGC